AUGAACCAGUUGAGUGAAAGCAAACCGGCGGCUCAUAGUCCGGAGGUUGCGCGAAAGUUGGUAGAAGAGGUCAUCAAAGUUUCUGCUAGUUUAGUGGCAGGAAAUGGUUCCCCGUCACACAAUCCAGGAUCCAGUGCACAGAACUGUAAAAUGAAUAUCCCUUUAACAGAGCAGCUUACCCCGACUAACUUAAACCAGCCUGAAAACUCACAAGAAGCAAAUGAUGAUACUACCAUCGACUGCCACCAAAAAUACCAGCAUCCAAGCACCAUCCACUCUUCUCCUGCCAUCCCUUCCCGUGUGGUGCGUCCCGUUAACCCUCCCGCUGAAACUAGCUCACCUCUAAGGGACCCAAGACUGAGCCAGGGGGAACUCCGCGCCCCUGACACGCCGACGUUGCACCGCUACCAACCUCCGCAGUACAUGGGCGACGUUUGGGCUCCUCGUUUGGACUUGAGGGGCGAUUUCGAAAAGGGAGAUUGCACUGAAAUAGCACGCAGAUUGUAUAUUCACGAGAAUGUAGAGGAGGCGCCUGUUAGUUGGACGUCCAGGCAGCAGUGGGGCAGCGAUGAGGUGACGAGUCCAAGACCGAGCCCCGAAUCCGGGUUCGUGUCGAAUAGCGAUACCUCAACGACUCCACCACCUCAAACGGACAAGAAAAUAAAACUGCUAAGUCCUAAAACAAGACAAAAACGAGCCGAGCAAAGACGAAGGGAGAUUUUGCUUCUGGGACCUGUGGUUUUGGAUUCGGCCGAUGAAGAUGAAGGGUGUGAUGAGGGAGUGGCAGAGCAGGGUCCGAGUGCAGACAAAGAAAGUCCAGGGGAAAAUGGAGGAGUUGGAGGGUCUUCUUCAGGCAGCUCCAGCGGGGUGACGGGCAGCUUUGGAGACCCGAACUGUGUGUCCCCAGAGUCCAGCCAAUCCAGUCGCCAAAGCAACGAGACGGGACCAGCGACCUCAGGAAUACAGACGGACAGCGGCAGUGCAUUCCCUGUGCCCUCGCUCCACUGUCAGAAGAUCGCUCGGGCAAAGUGGGAGUUUCUGUUCGGGACCCCUGCUGAGGAGGCUGCUGGCAGGAGGGGGAAGAAUGGCGUUGAAACCUCUACAGCCCCCCCUAGUGGAAUAUCUAGUGAAUCACCGACCCCCAUCCCUCCUUCUUCUCUGCCUCUGCUCUCGGCCAAUCACGAGGUGCAGCACGUGGAGGUAGAGCUGGUGACUCCUCCCCCCGCUGCUGCCGGGACGUCCCCCAAAACCGGCAUCAUCCGCAGGACUCUGAAGUACUCUGAGACAGACCUGGAUGCCGUUCCCCUGAGAUGCUACAGGGAGACGGACAUCGACGAGGUGCUGAUGGGCGAACAGGACGAUGCUGACUCUGCGUUUGGGAGUAACCGCAGUGUGCAGGGCAACUCAGGUAUUGACAGCAGUCCUCUCAGGGGCGACAAUCCCUACAGGACGAAUGGAGAUGACUCGGUACAAGUGGAGGAAGAGGAGCAGGAUGAAGAUGAGAGCGAGGAGGAGGAAGAAGAGGAGGAAGAAGAGGAGGAGGAGAUGGUGAGCUGGGCCAGUGUCCGGAUGCAAGGGGAUGAGCGGAGGAGACUGCACGGCUCCCGGGACGAUCCUGAGGUGUUCGAACCCAACAGGCCAGAGGAAACUUUUUUUGACAACCACCACCCAGCCCUGAAAUCCCCCAUCCUGGUGUCCGGUCCGAAGCUCGCAGCAGAGGACACGUUCAGUCGCCACUUUGAGAGCAUCAUGGAGUCGCACCGGGCCAAGGGGACGUCCUACAACAGCCUGGACAGCGAGGAGAUCCUGACCUCCACCACGCAGACGGUUUUGAGUUUCGACCUGCCCACGCUGACCCCGGCCAUCCACGGGCCGGUGUGCCACAGCGCCAGGCAGAUUGUGCAGCUCAGUUUCGCUCCGUUGGCCCACGACGAGAGGCCCAGCGUGUCCGACUCCAUCUUCACCAUGGGAGGGGGCGGGGAUUCGGAUGCGACCAGGGCCCCGUCCAGCGAGAGGCUGAGCAGCGGGUCCGAGAGCACGCCGCCACGAAGGCGAGAGGCGGAGCACAGAGGAGGCACCUGGUACAGCAGCUCGUCCUUCCCCAUCAUCAAGGAGAAGGCCCGUUUGGCCACAGACUCAGAGCUGGACCAGGACCUGAGCGAGCGCCUGGGUCUGAGCACCAGCGACACUCUGACCAACGGCAGCCACCGCGCAGACUUGGCGGCCGCGCAGAGACUCGCCAAACGCCUCUUCAAUCUGGACGGCUUCCGGAAAUCUGACGUGGCCCGGCAUCUCAGCAAGAAUAAUGACUUCAGUCGGAUGGUCGCAGAGGAGUAUCUGUGUUUCUUCAACUUCUCCGGCCUCGCGCUCGACCAGGCUUUACGGGUGUUCCUGAAGCAGUUCGCUCUGGUGGGGGAGACUCAGGAGAGGGAGAGGGUCUUGUCCCAUUUCUCCAGACGGUACUUUGACUGCAAUCCCAAAGUGGUUCCUUCCGAGGAUGCAGUCCACACGCUCACCUGUGCCCUAAUGCUGCUUAACACUGAUCUGCACGGUCAAAACAUUGGCAAGAGGAUGUCAUGCACGCAGUUCAUUUCCAACCUGGAGGGGCUGAACGACGGCCAAGACUUUCCCAGGGAUCAACUCAAAUGA